UUUUAUACGUGUAGCGAUUCCAUCCCGCACCUGAACAUGCGCAUAGAGCAUAACCAUAAUAAACAAAAAUGUCAGCCGACGAAGAUACUGAACUUAGGGAUCUUGUUGCCCAGACCUUAGAAGCAAAUGGUGUAUUGGGGAAAAUAAGGGCACAGCUUCGAGCCAGUGUGUUCCUUGCAUUAGAGGAACAAGAGCAAAAUCAGGACAAACCAUUUGCUAAUCCUGCAUUAAGACAGUUUUUGAGUACAAAAGAAGGUCAAGCAGUCACUGGACUGGUCAGAGAAUUCCUAGAUUUCUUCCAGCUGGACUACACCUUAGCUGUGUUUGAACCAGAAGCUGGCUUGGGACCUAAUGAUGGAGGCAGGCAGCAGCUAGCAAAGGAAUUAAAUAUUUUAGAGUCGGAUGGUCCCCCUAAAGGGCCCCUUCUUGGUGCUCUACUGUCAGGGAAUAAACCAACUGCACCCCAGACAAAAGUCUCUGUCUCAGAUGAACUAACACCUGCCCAAAUUGCAGAAGCCAAGCAAAAGUUCAAUUAUUAUGAUAAGAAUCACAGUGGAGAUAUAGAUAAAAAUGAAUUAAGGGAUCUUUUUAUUGAUAUUUGUCCUGGAUUUAAUAGGAAUAUGAUAGAGAGAUAUGUAAAUGAGGAAUUUAAGGCAGCAGACACAGACUUCAGCAGCUCUAAAUUGGGUGCCUCACGUAUAAACUUUGAGGAGUUCCUGGGGAUGUACAAGAGAUUGUUUAUACAGUGUAGGACGGUGGUCUCAGGAGAAGUAUCAGGAUUGGUUAAUUCUCACAAGACAAAUGAGAGAAAGGAAUUUGUGGAAGCUAAGAAUCAACGAAACCUGCAGUCCAGUUUGAACGAUCAAAGGAAGAAACCAAAUGCAGAGGUGGAUCUAUUAGGUGGUAGCGAUGUGGAGAUUGACGAUCCAUUUUUUGACGACCCUGUCCCUCACAGCCCCGGGCUGAAAGGACUAGGAACUAUGGCUGAGGCUACCGUCGACACUCGCAGAGGCAUGGGCACCAGGCCGUCCCAAAUACCAGUGUAUUCACCCCUCCGAAGUGCCAACAGCAGUGUUAGCAGUGACAGUGGAAAAGACGGAAAACCCUCCUUAAAUGGGUCAGGUCAAGGUCACAGCGUCCAGUCCUCUCUCUCAGGCCUUCCAAAUCUCACUCCCUCCAAAACACGCAAAGCAUUGGAAAGCGAGGAAGAGAAUUUACGAGCUAUGGACAGAGGCAUGGCAGACUUAGGUUUGGACAUGGGUGACUUCGAUUAUGAUGAUGACUUCCAAAGCUCAGGGCACAGUUUAACAAAGAGUCCACACACCAUAAGUAAAUCGGAACAACGAUCAGAACAGAACGGCAGUAUAGCCGAGGAAAUAGAGGAAGAAAUCGAUGACAUUUCUAUCGAGGCCGAUGACAUUUUACGCAGUGAACGAAGUGGGUUUGAUGACAUGACAACGGACAGAACAAUCUCUCAACAAGAUGGUUUCGAUUACGUCGAAGAUCUGCAGUCACCGCGGUGAAGAGUAGAGGAAAGGCAGCACCAAUUGUGAUAUUAUCGGACUUAUUUAUCUAGUCUAGCUCCUUAAUCACAAUUUAGUAAAAUCUCGCCCAAAGGAAGCGGUCAUUUGAAUACAAGAAUUAUGGAAUUGCCUUCAAGUGAGGGAGAAAGCAAAAUGGGAGAAUUUAGUUGCCAAACUCAUUUACGACCUUUUGGUCUUUUCAAGGACGAAUCUUGGUGCGUGAUCAACCAAUACGUUUACAAGUCUACAUCAAUUUCCUGCCAUAAAAUCAUUGAUAGCUUUAAUAUGAUAUUUAAACUACUCUUAUUUUUAGUCAUUUUUUAAUUCCUGAAUAUUAAAGUAGAUAUUCAUCAAAGCUAUUGAAUUGUUUAUGGAUAUAACUUACUAAAUAUGUUUGCAUUUGUGGUUAUGUCAUUGCAAUAUAGUGUGGUAUAUCAAUAUUUAUGUAUGUUGAGAAAGCUUUUACAAUUGUAUUUGUCUGUUCAUGUCUAAUAUGAAAAAAAAAACUCUCUCUUGCAAUUUUAGUUUUUAUGUGCUCUUGGAAUUCACCAUCUUAAAAUUUGCCGCCGUUGUUAAGUGUUCUCAAAAAAUGUGCCCCAAACUGCCAUGUUCAUUACUUUUUAUCUUCUUUUUCAAAGCAUUUACAUUGCAUAAAAUAACUCUUUUGAUAUCUGAAGAAGUUGAAAUUUCAUUAUAUGCAUAUUCAGGUCUGUAUGAAUGUGUAUCCAUUCAUUUCUAAAUCCUGGGUACAAAUAAGAAUCUCAGAGAUAAAAAUUUUUAAAAACUUUAUAACAAUAAUGAUCUGAAAUAUUCUCAAAAAUAUUAUUUCGCACUUUUGCGCACAAUUUCUUCAACGUUUAUCAAUCUGAGAUGAAACAUGUUGAAAUUUAUUAGUAGCAAUGCAUUUGUUAAUUAUGCAACUUGUCUUUGUUAAUUGAUAUCAGUGUUUGUCUGCAUUUUUAUGUAUUUUGUCUUCGUUUUUACAAUUAUUACUUUGAUGAGGCAUAGAUAGUUGAUUUGUUGGUUUAAUUUUCCUUGAGACAACUCAUUUCUCAAAUUCAGUUUUUCUUUAAAUAGCAAUAAACCAUUAACAAUGAUAAAAGCGGCCAGUGUUGCAUUGUCCUGGUACAAGGGCACCAAAUGGAAAAGAAUCAAAGAUACAUAUAUCUAUUUUGUAUGUAGUGAGUGUAUUUAUCAAGUGAAAGUUGUCAACCUUCUCUCAUGGAAAAAUAUAUGUGUAUGGAUAUAAAUGUGUACUAACCAUGUACAGUAAAACACACUUAUAGCAAAAAGCCAGGAUGAACAACUUUCAUUCAUUAUGAACAUAAUUUGUUUUAUCCCGUAAG